AGGGACUCUUCGAAAUGGUCGCCCCCGGAAAGAAAUUCACGCUCAGGCACAUUUUCAAGAAUGUAACAAAAUGGAAAACAGGCGAAAUUUUUUAUAGUCCCGAUGAAGAACAUUUCAAUGUUCCAUGGCAAAUGUGCAUUCACCGCGAAAAUGGAAACAUGUGUGUAAUUCUUUGUUGUCUGAAAGUAGAGGAAGAUCGUGUUCCCUGGAAAAUCAACUUCGAAUAUCAAUUGAAAAUUGUCAACAUAUCGGGAAUGUCUAUUGUGAAAGCUGGAAAUAAAAUUUGCACAGAAAAACGCCGAUUUGUAAGGAGACAAUUUAUUUCUAGGAACACAUUGAAAAGCGGUUACCUUGUUGAUGACAUUAUUACUGUUGAAGCAACAGUGAAGAUCACUAAAGUUUCGAAGAAACAGCUCAGAAGCUUCGAUAAAUCAAAUAAAAAAUUCUCCGACGUGAUCCUUGCAAUUGAAGAUGAAAAAUUCUAUGUUCUGAAAAAGUUCCUCGCUUCUCACUCUACCUAUUUCAAGACUCUGCUGCUCGGAAAAUUCGAAGAAGCUGAGAGACAAGAAGUCAAACUCCAGGACAUUGAUUCCACAGAUUUUCAGAAUCUCAUGGAGGUUCUGUAUGGAGAAUCUGCUAUUGAUGACGGUACCAUCAAAGGAAUUCUUGAAUUGGCCGACAUGUACGAUAUGCCUUUUCCAAUUCGAAAAUGCGAGGAAUUUCUGAUUGACUCGUCUGAAAAAUCGAUAAAGGAGAAGCUUAAAAUUGCUAAGCAAUAUAAAAUGGAGAACUUGAAGAAUUCAUGCCUGUCGAAAGUCAAUACUGUUCGUGACAUCAAAGCGGCGAUGACGGGAGAUCCAACUGAAAUGGAUUUGAGUGUGCUGGCGGCUCUUCUCGGAAAAUCACUGGCUCUUCAUUGAUCUCUUAGAUCGAAAUGUAUAUAAUUUUUUAACCUCGAAAUAAUCAUUUUACCCUUGUUUUUUGUUGACAUUUUGAAUGAAAUUCUGUUUUUUUUUCUAAUUGCGGAAAUUAAAUCUUGAAUUUGGAA